UGAAGCCAGCGGUGCAAAUAUAAAACAGGAACCUCUUACCUUAGAAAAUGUAUAGAUACAGAGAAGCCAAAUUAAUAGUAACAUCGGAACAUUUACUCAUCUAUGGGUGCUGUCUGGUCGGAAAAGAGCAAGAUUUUGGUGAAGAUCACUGAUAAACAGGCUUAAUCAUCAAAGCUUUCCGAGCCUUUGCCAUUAUAACUGGUGUGUGAGUGUCAGAGCGUCCAGCAUCAUGGCCCCCUCACUGGCCACAGCUUUCUCACGCCGCUGGUGGAUGGCAGUGACAGCGGUGAUUGAGAAUCUGCUCUUCUCUGCUGUACUCCUGGGAUGGGGCUCGUUACUCAUCAUGCUGAAAUCAGAGGGCUUCUACUCCUCCCUCUGCAAAGUACCAGACAACAGUACAAUGCAGAACGUGUCUGAAGAGAGUGAGAAAGCCACGAUAAGCUCAGGAAACAAAAGUGAAGAGUUCUUGAAAAUGAAAGGCUGGCCCAUCUGUAAAGAGCAGGAUGAGAUGCUGAAUCUGGCCUUCACCAUCGGCUCCUUCCUUCUGAGUGCCAUUACACUGCCGCUGGGUAUCAUUAUGGACAAAUAUGGGCCACGCAAACUUCGCCUGCUUGGCAGUGCCAGUUUCGCCCUCUCCUGUAUGCUGAUCGCUUAUGGAGCCUAUAAUCCAAAGAACCUCUCAUUCCUGAUCUUCUUUGCUCUGGCGCUGAACGGGUUCGGGGGCAUGUGCAUGACCUUCACCUCCCUCACACUUCCCAACAUGUUUGGAGAUCUACGCUCCACUUUCAUUGCACUCAUGAUUGGAUCAUACGCUUCUUCUGCUGUCACUUUUCCAGGCAUUAAGGUGAUCUAUGACCUGGGCGUGUCCUUUAUCACCAUUUUGUUUGUCUGGGCUAGCUGCGCUGGCCUUGUCUUCUUCAACUGCUUCUUCAACUGGCCUCUGGAGCCCUUCCCUGGUCCUGAGGACAUGGACUACACUGUGAAGAUCAAGUUCAGCUGGCUGGGCUUUGACCAUAAGAUCACAGGCAAGCAGUUUUACAGACAGGUGACCACUGUGGGCCGCAGACUCAGUGUGGGGAACUCUAUGAAAAACCAAACCAAAAUGCUGGCCACGCAGGACGGAAACAAGAUCUGCUUGUCCACUGUUGACCUAGAUGUGCAGUGCAAGUCUACAGAGGAGUCCCAGUCAUUCAUGCGCAGUGUCUUCAGCCCCAUCUUUCUGCUCAGCCUCAUCACAAUGUGUGCCACUCAGCUGCGACUCAUCUUCUACAUGGGAGCCAUGAACAGCAUCCUGGAGUCCUUUACUGAAGUAGACCUCAGCACGGUGAGCACAUACACCUCUAUUUUUGGUGUGCUACAGCUGCUGUGUCUCUUGACCUCUCCAGUGAUUGGUUACAUCAUGGACUGGAGAUUAAAAGAGUGCAAGGACAAGAAUGACGAACAGAUCACCAAAGACCCCACCCAGUCAACAAAGCGUAAUAGGCAGAUCCAGCAGAUCAGCAAUGCCACCAGAGCUUUUGUCUUCACAAACCUACUGCUAGUGGGCUUCGGGGUCACCUGCUUGAUCCCCAACCUGCCUCUUCAGAUUUUGUCCUUUAUAUUGCACACCAUCGUGAGAGGUUUUAUCCAUUCUGCUGUGGGAGGCCUAUAUGCUGCUGUGUACCCCUCCUCUCAGUUUGGCAGUUUGACAGGACUGCAGUCUCUGAUCAGUGCUCUCUUUGCUCUUCUGCAACAGCCUCUCUUCAUGGCCAUGAUGGGCCCUUUAAUGGGAGAUCCUCUCUGGGUAAAUGUGGGCCUGCUGGGUCUCAGCAUGCUGGGCUUCUGCCUCCCUGGCUACCUGCUCUGUUAUGGCAAGCAGCUGCGCAGGCAAAAACAGGAACGGGAGGACGACCCCAAGAUCUGUCUCAAGAUCAGCAACGGCAACAACCAAGAGGCCUUUGUCUGAACAUGGACUCGCACAUGAACGGCACAAGUCAGUCUGAGAGCCAGGAGGCAAGAGAGAGGAAAGGAGAAGGGAAUAAUAAUUACCCUCUUUCCCUUAUCCAUCUCCAUCAGUGUUCCAAUACUCUUACACAAACAGACAGAAACACAGACACAUGGGCAAAGCAGCAAAUACAGUUGAAAGUGACAGUGUGCCACCUAAACACAUUUACACACUCUGUAGUCUCAGUACCAGAUUCAGUGUGUAAACCAAGAACAUCUGGAUACUGGAAAAUGUUCCUUUACAAUUAAAUACAGUGUUGUCUGUGUAGUUGGAAUUCUCCUAUGGAUUAUGAGCAUCUAGCUACUCCAUGUAGACCCCUCUCCUAGUUCUCUGUCCAUCAUAUAAACCCAGAUAACAACCCAGGUUAGCCAAUAAUACCUUUGUUUUUAGGUAUGAUUACCAAAUUUACUGGGAGCAGUCCUUGAUUUCUUGCCUCAGUUUCCGAUCCUGGCCUGUGUGGCUAGAAUAAAAUGCAAGGAGGAUUAAUUCUAUAGCGAUGAUACCAAACAAUAUUGUUUCACCUGGAUAAUUUUAUAUUAUUAGUGGGCUUGAUGAACACUGUGAAUCACAAGGCACAACAUGUGAUGCUACCUGCACUGGCUCUCCUCUCAUAACACAACAACUUAUCAAAGAGCUCAUGGUCCUCUUGAAUAAAACAGGAAUGUGCUACAUCCACACUACCUAUCUGGCUUGACAUGCCAAGAGUGUGCAAAGAAAGAGGAACGUAGAGAAGAAACACCACAAAGACAUGUUAUCCUGUCCUUUCCUUCUGGAUUCUUAAAAAUCAUAUUCCUGUUCUUCAUACUAUGGAUAUAUGGAUAUACAAUAUUAAGACUCAGCCACCAGUUGGACAUCAUGCUUAAACAACAGAAGAGAAAAAGACUGCUACAAGUGUUUUCAGACAUGCAUUAUUGCCAGUAAUUAUGACUGCAACCUCAGUUACAGUAUGUGACUUGACAUUUCUGGUUCCUCCAGUGUUUACAAUGAUCUUAUAAUUACAAAAACAGGUCCUAGCCCAAUGCUCCUGCUUUGAGAUAUUUUAUAAAUACAGACCAGGCCAGAUCCAACAGCAUACUAAACACUAGGAGUGGGCGAGAUGGCAAAAAUAUCAUAUUGCGAUAUUUAAGGACGCCUUCAAAAUAAUCAUUUUAUAUCAUUAUAUUUAGUUUUGCUGAUGUUUAACAAGACAGUAGAGCCAUAUUAUGAAAAAUUCACAAUUUAACUAUUUAAUAAGGGAAAAGGAAACACUUGGUUCAAAAGCAGAUUUGUAUUUUUUUGUUACGUCGAAUCAGUUACAGCGAUAAUGAAGAAGCACUGACUCUAGACACUGCUCACAGUGCUCAUGAAAGUGUAUCAUGAUCUUAAUAUAUCGCAAUAUUUAUAUCACAUUGUCAUAUUGCCCAACCUUAAUACACACAGCACGGCAUGGCCAUGAGACUGCAGCUUUUCCUGAAUGGAGCAUAUCCGAGACACGCUGCAUGUACUUAAUUACAAUUAUGUUAAACAAUGCGCUUUAUAAAAUGAAUGCUCCUUUUUAAGAUCAGUUAAAGAUGCAGCAUUUAAUCUUGAAAAAAAGUAACAAGCUGAUUAUUAUCUGAAUUGAUCUGAUCUGAUUAUUAGCAAUGCAGUAUAGAUUGGCAUGUGAUAUGUUUUGCAAUAUAUUUCAACUUCAGACGAUCACAAUGUUGCAGUAGAAGUAUUACUCUAAAGACAUGGUUUGCUUUAGGAGUGGCUCAUAGACAGUACCUUGAUAGUAAACAAGUAACUGUAAGGAAUCUAAAAAAAUCACACAUAGUACAACAGAUUGAACUUCACCAGCAAUAAUUUGCGACACUUUAGUGAAUAGUUCUUAGACUGUAGGUAUUGUACUGAUUACCGGUGUGUCAGUGUGUUUCCACCCACCUGCUCAUUCAGUACUGAACUAUACAGUUUGUUGUAAAGGUUAACAUGCUACCUAUAAUUAUUAUUAUACAUGUUUUAGGUUCUUUCUUUUUUUGGUUGAAAACAGUUAGACUAGUAAUAACUCUUUGUAUGUUUUUAACUGCGAUGUGGCUUGACCCCAUUCAAGUUUUGCUCCAUCUCAUGACAGUUUGUGUUUUGUGUUUAUGGAGAGAUAAAACAAGUGACAUCAUGGUGUUGGUUAAAAAUUGAGGAUUUAGCUUGCUUCUGCUAGUAUUUAUUGUGCAUGUGUGCCGUAAUUCUUCACCAUACACAGCCAUCUAAGACAAGCGCACAAAGGGCUGUUUAGGCAGUCAGUCAUGUGUAUGCUCAAGCGUUUUGGGUGUUGUACUGUUACUGUGUUUACCUAAAUGAGUACCUUAGUGAAUCUUACAAACAUAGGUUAUCAUACAUCCAUAGUCACACUUUUUGACUAAACUUGAAUUUACUUUGAUAAUCAAAAAGGGAGGUGCUUUAAAUAAUGCUGUAUCUCUUCUCUAGUCCUACAUUCAUGUAGCUAACAUAAGGCUGAGAUGCAGGGGUCCAGGCUGAGAUUUAGCCCAGUGUUGUCUUUCCUUAAAAGCUCAACUCCAACAAAGACAUAAAUUACUCUCAGUGUUCUCAUUUCAGAGUAUUUACCUCAGCAUUUUACGUGCCCAUAUGAAAUAGUAUAAAAAUCGUUUGAGAUGAGAUUCAAGUAAAAACAUAAUAAUAAUAAAAACAUAAUAAAUCAUGACUUGUAUUGAAAUGUCCGUCCUGUCAACUGCUAGUAAUGAGAUAGUCACAGCUCUCGCAGACCCUGUGUAGUGAUUCAUCAUGGGAUGUAAACAUCACGGAUAAACAUCUAUGUUGUCUUAGUGAAUGAGUGCUGUGGUUAAAAAGUGACACUGGUGGCACCUUGACCUUUCACCAGGAUGAUAAAUCAGCCAAAAAAAAAUGUCCUUGCAUCUGACCAAAUGUAGCCCAACACAGCUUCACUGAUUUUUCUCAGAGAUGUUUUGCUGUGAUUUUCAGUAGAAUGGAUGUGAGUUGUGCAGAGAAACAGGUUAAAUCUUUCUCACAUUCUAGUGUUUGCAUAAAACUGUUCUCUGUAAGGAGUUUAUCUGUGUGUAGAGCGUGCAUGUCUCAGCUUUUACAGACUUGAACGUGUUUAGAUAUUACAGAUGGUAUUUCACAUUAAUGCAGUACUGUAAAAAAGCAAAUGAAUGUUGGAGUACAACCUUCAUACCCCCUCCCAACCCCACCCCCAAAUACAGGGGAAAAAUGCACUUUUUCACUGCCAUACCAUAAUUGUUCAUCCUUAGAGUCAUAAUUCAAGUGUAUACAUGUAGGUUUUUACAUGUUUGAUUGCCCCUGCUAAUUUUGAGUAACUGAUCAUUGAUAGAAGCAGAUAAAGUGCAGAUGCUUUUGGGCUUCUGAAGUGUAGAAAGUAAUAUCAGCUGAAACACCAGUGUUGUUCCUCAACUUGUCUUUUGUACUUCAUUGAAUUGUAGCCUACUUUGUUACCUGUUUCAUCUUUUCUAGGUUUUUUUCUGUUGUGUGUGAAAGAUUUUGUCUCAAUAGUUUAUAUGGCAUUUUGGUUCCUUUGUUGUAUAUCACUAUUUAGCACCUGCUCUUUGAUUUUUAAAUGAAUUGUUUUAACCAAAAAAAAAAAAAAUCAAAUAUAUGAAAAAUAAAUAUAAAUUCACAAUCA